AUGAGCACCUCUCGACCCCCGACGCCUCCUUCGCGUCUGCCGCGAUCGGAUGAAGGUCGGUUUCCUAGUGUUGGACCAGCAUGCGAGUGGUCGGAGAGUUACUACCCAGGCAACUUGCACCCGAUUGACGUUGGCGACAUUCUGGGCGAUGGUGAGCGAUACAAAGUCCUCCGCAAGCUAGGCUACGGGGCGUUUUCGACUGUGUGGCUAGCCCGCGACUUGAGUAAGGAGGACGGCGGCGCCGAGAACCGCUUUGUCGCCCUCAAGGUUGUGAUUGCCAAAGCCGGUCGGUCAGCUGAUCUCCCGGAAGUGAAGCUCUACAAACAUUUGGCGUCCGUGUCCCAGAGGGCCGACCUCGAUCGACACGUCACGAAGCUGCUCGAUACGUUUGACAUCUCCGGUCCCAACGGCACGCAUGCUUGCCUCGUGUUUGAGCCCAUGGGGCCGACCGUGAGCAGCAUGGUCGGGCAGCUGCCGCAGUUUGUGCGCCGGCCACUGUUCGUGAAAGCUCGCUAUCCGCUCUGGAUGGCCAAGCAGAUCGUACGCGGCGCCCUGGAAGCGCUGUCCUUUGUUCACCACCACGGCGUGGCCCACGGCGACGUGCAGCCCGGAAACUUUCUGUUCAAUCUAAAAAUCAAUCUGGACAGUGUGCCUGAAGCCGAGCUGCUGCACCCAGGCAACCAACCCCCCCCCAAAAGCGGUUUAACUACUUCGAAGCCUCUCGAGCGGUUGGACGGGAAAGUGGACCCCUGGGCACCGAGGCGGCUGUACGUUCCCCAGCCGUUGGCAGACUGGGCCAACUACGGCCGCGGCUUUUCUGUGAAACUCUCCGACUUGGGUGGAGCCUACCCGCUGAACAACCCACCACCCAAAAUUGUCACGCCCACUGGACUGCGAGCCCCCGAACUGGUGUUGAAAUCCUCCACUGAUAUACUGGACGGCCGCGCUCUCGACAUUUGGAGCCUCGGCUGCCUCGUGUUUGAGUUCGUCACCGGCGAAUCUCUCUUUCUCCUCCCGUGGAUGCCCGGCCAAACCGACGAGGAGGAGGACGACGAGCAUCUCAUGCAGAUGGUGCUUCGACUCGGGCCGCUACGCGCGGCCGACUGGGCGCGCUGGACGCGGUCCUCGCACUACUUUCGUGCCGACAAGGAAGGACAACGGACUCUGUUUAAUAUGAGAGUCGGCGAAAGCGAGGACGAGAGCGAGGACGAGGGUGAGGGCGAGGACGACGACGAUAUUAUGCGCCCCGAGGACAUGCAUCCCUGGGCAUUGCAGACCAUGGAAGAGAAACUUGUCCGCUUGGCACCAAUGGACAUGACGAACGCCCAAGCACGCCAGGUCCAACAGCUGAUCCGCCGGAUGCUGCAGUACGAUCCCAAGGAACGGCCGACGGCGGAAGAGCUUCUCCAGGAUCCGUGGUUCCAGGAUGGGCAUGAGGGUAGAAAGCGACGUAAAGGUUGA